AAAGUUCACCCCCUUUCGAAAGUGAUAGUGGUGCGUGCAAGUGGAAGAGAAAAAAAGUGCCAUGAUUUCAUCGCUCCAAACACGACGACGACAACAACGUCGUCGACGGAUUAGCAUCGGAAGGAUAAUGAACGAUCUUCAGUAUCAGCUGAUUUUGGCCUCGUUGCUAAUGCUGCUGGGAUCAGCCUCGUCCAUUGCCCACGAGGCACCAACCGUGCCGGCUGCGUUGAUUUCCGACGAGCAUUCCUCGAUGGUCAGCGGUGGCGGUGGCGCCAGACGGCGGCAGGACCAUGUGCAGCAGGAACAACAACAGCAGCAGCAGCACCAAUCGAUAUCUCAAUCGCAGGAAACGAAAUUAUGUCCCCUGAUGAUGCGGCAUGUUUUCGAUGGAUUUGCUCCCAUUGGAAACAGCAAAGCCGGAAACUACUCGGAAUUCCCAGAAGCCCUUGCCCUCAACACCUGCGUUCAGGGCUGUUGUGCCAAGGGUGAAAACUGCACCGCCGCCUUCAUGUUCAACCAGACGUGCUAUCACGUCAAAUGCUGGACCAGUGAACUGUGCAUUCCGGCCAAAAAGACCAACCUGGCCGCCAAAUUGAAAAUGAUGCUAGUCAAUCCCGUUGGCGAUGACACCCGAACAUGGCCCGAAAUCCUCGAAAGCGCAGUGCCCCAGGAAACCAGGAUAACCGAAUCAGAGCUAGAGCGCUUCGAUGGAAACAUUAUGAACAAGUUGAAAGCCAUGUACAAUCUGGAACGAAAUCGGGAAGAGCUUUCCGAAAGAAUCUACGAUCUUCCACUGGAUAAGCAGGAGGAGUACGAUCUGAGAAAAUAUCCCGCGGCAUCCUACAUGUACGGCGAUGACCCAAUGAUGGCCGCAGAAUCAAAAUUCUAUUCGGAACAGCAAAAAUGCGUGAUAGGGCUGGAAAGAUCCUGUCCAGAACACGAAACCUGCGUUGGUUCGGCGAAAAACUUCGAUGGGGUGUGCGAGUGCAUGCAGCAUUACUCGCGAAAUAGUGAACAAAUCUGUGUGAGAGCGGAGGAACCUAGGGCGUACGACAUCCCUCAGACCUUAACAGCGCAGAAGUUAAUCAUGGAAAACGUUCACAGCGAAGCUGGAGAAACAGAGGAGGAAAAUUCGAGACCUCCGCCACCAAAGAACUUGACCGUUUCGGUAGUCUCUAAGGAUAUUCGGUUGCCAAACAACGAGGCUAUCCUGACGGCCUUUGUGGUUCCGGAUGAGGAGGCCAGCCAGGACAAGUACACCUACUCGUGGUCGUUGAUCUCGCAACCCUCCAAGGGCGACAGCAACGCCACAAUUACCGACCAGACCAAGUCUCAAGCCAAGCUUUCCAAGUUAACUGAGGGGCUUUAUCGGUUCAAAGUAACCGUUACCGGUCAAAAGGGUUACGGCGAAGCUUACCCGAACAUCACGGUCCUUCCAGAGCAGAAGAUCAAUAAACCUCCGGAUGUUGUCAUAACUCCCAUGGAACAAACCGUCAAACUUCCCAACCAUAAGGCCAUUCUGGACGGAAGCGCCUCGACGGACGAUGAUAAGAUAACUUCCUGGCAGUGGGAACUGGUCCAGGGUCCCCUAGGGUACCAACCGGAACUGCCAGCCGUCAGCACUCUUCAGCUGAACGAUCUGGAAAUGCCUGGCAAAUACAUCUUCAAGCUAACCGUAAUCGAUUCGGAGAAACUGUCCAACAGCACUACGGCCACCAUAGAAGUCCUCAAAGAAAUAGAUUACCCACCGGAAGCGAACGCCGGCCAGAAUGUGAUUGUGUACCUUCCGAACAACAACGUCACCCUGAAUGGGUCCCUCAGCAAGGACGACCACGGUAUCGUUGCGUGGGAGUGGACCAAAGACAGCAAAGACCAAUCCAAGGCAGUGGACAUGCAAAACACCCGAACGCCCUACCUGCAGCUGUCCAAUCUGGAAGAAGGUGUAUACGUAUUCGAGCUAAAAGUAACGGACGCUAACAACCAGAGCAGCACUUCCACGGUGCACGUGUUUGUCAAGAUGCCCACCAAUAUGCCGCCGGUGGCCAGUGCAGGCACGAAUUACACGCUGAACUUGCCGCAAAAUUGGGCCACGCUUAACGGGAGCGACUCCAAGGACGAUCUGAGGAUCACAAGUUGGAACUGGCGGCAAGUUAGUGGACCAAAUACGGCGGCGAUCCUGAAUGGUAACAGUUCGAUUGCCAACGCCACAUCGCUAACCAUCGGAGACUACAUCUUCGAGUUGACCGUAACGGAUGAAGCGAACAAUAACGACACCAGUCGAGUGAAGGUUACGGUCGUUCAGGAACGAAACACUGCUCCGGUGGCAAAUGCUGGCGGUGACCAGAGUGUCACGUUGCCAACCAAUGCAAUUGUAUUGAAUGGAACGCGCUCCAACGAUGACCUGGGAAUAGCUAACUACAGCUGGACUAGGGAACCCGGAAGUCUGGCUAUAGGGACCAUCGUGGACGAUAGCGAUCGGAAGCCGGUUUUGAUUCUCACCAACAUCGUUCCCGGACGGUACGUCUUCAAACUGACCGUUACCGAUGGUCAAGGAUUGUCCGGUUCCGACACGGUCAGUGUAAUCGUGCAUCCAGAUCCACUGGUCAUGAGCUUGGUGGAACUGACCCUCACUAUGGAAGCAACCGUUCUGACCCAAUCGGAACUGGACUCGCUGCAGCAGAAGCUGGUCCUACUGAUUGGUGACAACACUGCGCGGUUGCACGUUCGAGACAUGAAAAUUGAACACAAAACCGGGCAGGUUGUGAUUAUAUUCUACGUGGAGAAAAAUGAUAAAGAAAAACCGGAAAUAAUGCCCGCCCUGGAGGUGGAGAAAAUCCUGAAGGAAAAAUUCUGGCGAGACUACACAAUCCUAGGAACGUCGGUGGCCGGCAUCCGGACGACCAUCUGUCAGAACGAUUGUUCCGGCCAUGGGGUAUGCAACGCCGAAACGCGAGAUUGCAUGUGCCAGAGCUUUUGGAUGCCGGAUAUCUUUUUCUUCUGGGGUGUGGCCGAAGCCAAUUGCGAUUGGUCCAUCCUGUACGUUAUCAUCGGUGUGUUCAUCGUGUUCCUAGUACUGUCCGGCAUCUGCUGGGGAAUCACGUGCCUCUGCCGGAGGUCGACCAAACCACGCACAAGAAGCAAAACUCAGAAAUACUCCCUGCUGGGGACGCAGGACGAUGAAUUGCCAUCUUUCACUCGCACCGGAACGACAAUGUCCGAUUCGGAAACGGAUUCGGACGUACUGUUCGAGAGCCGUUCCAAGCAGAACGGCAUCCCACCGGGCAGGGUCAAGCUGGCCAACGGGGACGUUCGGAAUGGUCACGCCAAGUACAACACGACGCGGCUCGGCCGACGGAUCAAAACCUAAACUGGGUUUCCGAUGCGGAAGGCAGGUGGUGGUAAGUUUGCGGGUUCUGAAAGGAGUUUUACGAGACGUUUGUAUGAGGCAUCUUUGUUUAUUUUGCUUUUAUUGGUAAAGGUAAGUACUAGAACGUUCGAUAGCAAAGAAACAUAACUUGUAUUUUGCAUAUUGCAGAUAAUGCACCUGAAAGUAUGAUUUUUGUAAACAGUAUUUUUGUUUUUCACAAUUGUGAUUUAAUGAUGUGUCUGCCGUAACGACUCUAUUGUAGAUAUGAUCAAAAGUGAUUUAGUCCAACUAGUAGACAGAAGUUAGGUAUACUAUGUGAUUUUGAAAGCCAUCGACUAGUUGUAAUUUAUGUUUUGCAUAUAACUACUUGUGUGUGAUUGCUAUUGUGAUGAUGCUUAAAGAUCAAACAAAACCAUCAGCGAAAUGAAAUGAUCAAAAUCACACUAUUUCGAUUACAUUCUUUGUGAUAAACAAGACAACUUAAACAUUCCACCUUUAUUACAUAAUUCAUUUCGUACAUUAAAGAAAUAAACUUAUAUUUUUAUCAUCAUUCCAAGACUGCAAGUGAUGAACGAGUUGAAGAAUAAAAAAUCAGUCGUUUACCCUACUAAAUAAGUGCCGUCGUAAAUAAGCAGAAAUUCAUCACAGGUUUGAAUUUGUUUGAAGGACAUCAAUUUCUAGUCACAAACUUAGUUUGUUACGUAAAACGGUUGACUUUUUAUUAAAAAUACAAAAUAUUCUAAGUCAAACUUUAAGUUGUCCACAUCAAUCCCUGCAGGAACCAGAAACUGUGUAUAAAUUUGUUAUUUUUAUGGAAACAAAAUAUGUGUAUUUUAUCCCUUAUUUGGCUGAUACUUAUCAGUGAUCAGAUGAAAUCAAACUCCCGGUUUACCACUAUGUACUUAUUUUAGAGAAGAAAUAAAAAAGCCAAGAUGAGAACGGUUGAUUGAA